AUGGUCACACCAGAAGGGGCCAAGGUCACACCAGAAGGGGCCAAGAUCACACCAGAAGGAGCCAAGGUCACACCAGAAGGGGCCAAGGUCACACCAGAAGGGAGCAAGGUCACACCAGAAGGGGACAAGGCCACACCAGAAGGGACCAAGGUCACACCAGAAGGGAGCAAGGUCACACCAGAAGGGGACAAGGUCACACCAGAAGGGGCCAAGGUCACACAGGAAGGGGCCAAGGUCACACCAGAAGGGGCCAAGGUCACACCAGAAGGGGCCAAGGCCACACCAGAAGGGACCAAGGUCACACCAGAAGGGACCAAGGUCACGCCAGAAGGGGACAAGGUCACACCAGAAGGGGCCAAGGUCACACUAGAAGGGGACAAGGUCACACCAGAAGGGGCCAAAAUCACACCAGAAGGGGCCAAGGCCACACCAGAAGGGACCAAGGUCACACCAGAAGGGACCAAGGUCACACCAGAAGGGGCCAAGGUCACACCAGAAGGGGCCAACAUCACACCAGAAGGGAGCAAGGUCACAACAGAAGGGGCCAAGGCCACACCAGAAGGGAGCAAGGUCACACCAGAAGGGGACAAGAUCACACCGGAAAGGGCCAAGGUCACACCAGAAGGGGCCAAGGCCACACCAGAAGGGGCCAAGAUCACACCAGAAGGGAGCAAGGUCACACUAGAAGGGGCCAAGGCCACACCAGAAGGGGCCAAGGUCACACCAGAAGGGGACAAGGUCACACCAGAAGGAGACAAGGUCAGACCAGAAGGGGCCAAGGCCGCACCAGAAGGGGCCAAGGUCAUACCAGAAGGGGCCAAGGCCACACCAAAAGGGGCCAAGGUCACACCAGAAGGGGACAAGGCCACACCAGAAGGGGACAAGAUCACACCGGAAAGGGCCAAGGUCACACCAGAAGGGGCCAAGGCCACACCAGAAGGGGCCAAGGCCACACCAGAAGGGGCCAAGAUCACACCAGAAGGGGGGCAAGAGGCCAAGAUCACACCAGAAAGGGCCAAGGUCACACCAGAAGGGGUCAAGGUCACACCAGAAGGAGACAAGGUCACACCAGAAGGGGACAAGAUCACACCGGAAAGGGCCAAGGUCACACCAGAAGGGGCCAAGGCCACACCAGAAGGGGCCAAGGUCAAACCAGAAGGGGCCAAGGUCACACCAGAAGGGGCCAAGGUCACACCAGAAGGGUCCAAGGUCACACCAGAAGGGGCCAAGGCCACACCAGAAGGGACCAAGGUCACACCAGAAGGGGCCAAGGUCACACCAGAAGGGGCCAAGGUCACACCAGAAGGGGCCAAGGUCACACCAGAAUGGGCCAAGGCCACACCAGAAGGGGCCAAGGUCAUACCAGAAGGGGACAAGGUCACACCAAAAGGAGACAAGGUCACACCAGAAGGGGCCAAGGUCACACCAGAAGGGGCCAAGGCCACACCAGAAGGGGCCAAGAUCACACCAGAAGGGGCCAAGGCCACACCAGAAGGGGCCAAGAUCACACCAGAAGGGGUCAAGGUCACACCAGAAGGGGCCAAGGUCACACAAGAAGGGAUCAAGGUCACACCAGAAGCGGCCAAGAUCAGACCAGAAAGGAUCAAGAUCACACUAUAA